AUGACUGAGGACGUAGACGAAGCAGCUGUUGACAUUGGAGUCGUUUCCGAUGUGGAGACCUCUACUGCCGAAGUUGAGAACGACACGAUUGUCGAGUUCGAAACAGUCUCCGACAUUGACACAAACGCUACGGCUGAAGACGAGGACAAUGUGCUCGUCGAGUUUGAGCCGGUCGGCACCACUGACGCAGAGGUCAUGACCGAAGACGAUGACAAGCUAAUACUCGAGCUCGAAGCGGUUUUCGAUGCAGAGGAGGAUCCCGAAGCUGUACCCAUGAUGGCGUUUGCGCGUAGACUUCCCUCGAUCGAACUACUGGAGCUGGACAUGGAGUUCAUACUUGAAGAGCUCACCGGGCCACUAGACAACAAAGACGAACUGGAACGAAUACUGCUUGAUGACGCCGAUGUCGAACUUCCAAUGCUGCUCGAAGACGAUGCCGAGCUUGAGCGGACACUGCUUAUCGAACUUGGUGUCGGCGAUGCUGACAGGCUCUUUGAAGUCGAGCUCAAUCGCGUUGAGGUCGAGGAUGGUGAAGCUGAAGAGCUACCAACAGUUCUACUGCUGCUGCUGAUCCUGGUAGAACUGCUACUGGACUUGAUAGAGCUGCUGCUGGAUUUGAGAGAACUGCUGCUUUUCUUGCUGGAUGUGCUUGUGCUCUUGCUGGUCUUGAUUCUCGUAUCCGAAGCGUUGAACGAGCUAGAUGUCGUGGAAGUGACAUUCUUGGUAACGUUCCUACUUGCCUCGAGGUGA